UCUCGGAGUAUUGUUUAUCAGCUUGUUAUAUUCGAGGCACAUUCUUUGACAUGUUUGUUGUCCUGUUGUACUGAUUUAGGAAGUAAACAAUAUGAUUGUUUUGGUGCACAUGAUAUUGAUCUUUUGAAGAAGUUACAGUUGUAUAGUCCAGUUUCUCAGUUUCUACUUAGUAUUCCUGUCCAGAGACCCACAGUGAUAUUGCUCCCAAAAUAUCCUUUUGGUUUGGAUAUCGAAAGUGCAAAAGAGUCUACUAAAAGCUUGAUCUAA